CUAUAUCUGGUCUCCCACAGACCCUGCAUUCACUGUAUCUGGUCUGCCACAGUACACAGAACAUGGAAAUGCAAUUAUUUUAGUAAAUAUAAACUGUUAAAUACCUUUUCUCAUCAGCAGUUAGAGCAGUCUUGUGACUUCUAUCAGUGUCCAGCAGAGCACUGGUUACAGCUUUUAGGAGGAGUUUUCAUUCUCCCCUGAUUGUUCUAUGAGGCUGCAUACUCCUGUCCUUCUGUCUGGACAGUGCUGAUUAGCCCUGUGUUGAUCACAUGCACUAUCCCAAGUAAAAAAAACUCUCUACCAAUACACCCCAAACUGAGCAUGUGCAGCUUGCCCCCAAUGCUCUGUACUAUCAGAUGGAUUAG